AUGCUCAAGGACAAAUGCAUUAUUCGAGUGGGACAUAAUGGCAGCAAAUCCAGCUGUCGCGUGCAGACCGCGCUCUUUCAGUCGAUGCGCCCGCGCUCUGAGCAGUUCCGCUUGUUCCCCCUCUGUCGCUGUAUUAUUCCAGGCCAUCGAUCCGCCCGUCAUCAACGGCGUUACCAGGACUCUGGAGCGGAUAUUGCCUACUCCCUACGACAAAAGGGCGUCCGGGUCCUCACUCCCAAUCCAUCACCACCAGAUUCUUCUGACCAGGGCUGGUCCUUCCCUGACACAGAGGAGGGAAUCUACUCUGCCGUUCAACAAGGUGCUACUCAUCUCUGGGCAAACACUAUCCUUUUUGCGUCACAUCCUCUCCAGACGUCAAGCCGAUUAACUGCUCUGGCGUCCGAUCUGAACGUCGUUGGGCAACCGCCGGGCCUGGUCGAAAACUUCGAUGACAAGGGUUUGUUGAACAACAAACUACGCGAACUGGGUGGCUUCACUUUGCCUCGUGCGUGGAUGGUGGACCCCGAUAAUGUCCGCCAGAUCGUGAAUCAGGUCGAUCGUUAUCCGAUCGUGGGGAAGCCGGUGCGGGGCCGAGGCAGUCAUGGCGUCCGAGUCUGCUAUGAUGCCGCUCAGUUACAACAACAUGCCGAAGACUUACUGGCAGAAUCACCGCUGAUCAUGCUCGAGGAGUUUCUGGCAGGGGAGGAGGCGACUAUCACCGUCAUGCCGCCGACGCCUUCUCGUCCGGACUACUGGAGUAUGGUACCAGUGACGCGCUUCAACCACACGGAUGGUAUAGCCCCAUAUAAUGGGGUGGUGGCGGUCACUGCCAACUCCCGCGUGGUGUCGGAGGACGAAAUGAAAGACCCGGCGUAUAACAAGGUGAUGCGGCAGUGCGAAGGGGUAGCCAGGCUGAUCGGUGCCACUACGCCGAUUCGGGUAGAUGUGCGACGCUUCCGCGACGGAUCCCACUUCGCUCUGUUCGAUAUCAACAUGAAGCCGAAUAUGACCGGUCCAGGACGGCCGGGCCGGGAGGAUCAGGCCAGCUUGACUGCCAUUGCCGCUGCAGCUAUGGGCUGGGACUAUGGCACGCUGUUGCAGCAUAUCCUGGAGAGCGCUCAACCCCUGGAUCAAUUCCGUAACUACCGCAGUCCAUUCUAG